UUGUUUUCUCACAGGACAGGAGCAACGGUCAAGCCAAAGGAGGGAUAAGAUAUAAAAGUCUCCGCGAUACACUUUGACUAAACAAACCUGACGAAAAUACAUCUUUGUAAAAGAAAACUUUAUAUGACUAUUUUUUCCAGUCUUCACUAUAUCCGUUUCCUCAGUGUGGGUUUUGUUGUUUUAUGCAGCUUCAUUCAGCACAGUGAAGCGACUCCAAACUCACAGCGGCGUUAGUAAAGAAGAAGCAGGUGUCCAACAUGGCGAACGCGGCCAGCGGAGCUCUUGCAAGUCUCCUGCUUUUAUCCACGAUUGCGGCAGCUGUUCUUCAAGGAGCAGCUCAAUAUCCAGUCCAAAGCCAGAACCUGGUGACAGACAACAUCUCGGUGGUGGAAGGGGAAACGGCCACCAUCAGCUGUCGAGUGAAAAAUAACGACGACUCCGUCAUCCAGCUCCUGAACCCCAACAGACAGACCAUCUACUUCAGAGAUGUCAGACCCUUGAAGGACUCUCGCUUUCAGCUGGUCAACUUCUCAGACAAUGAGCUGCGUGUUGCUCUGUCCAACGUGUCUCUCUCGGACGAGGGCAGAUACGUGUGUCAGCUCUACACGGACCCUCCACAGGAGGCCUACGCCGACAUCACUGUGCUGAUCCCACCAGGCAACCCAAUCAUCGAGUCUCGUGAGGACAUCGUAAGAGAGGGCAACGAGACGGAGAUGACCUGCACAGCUAUGGGCAGCAAACCGGCCGCCACCAUCAGAUGGAUGAAGGGAGACAAAGAGCUGCAAGGAAACUCCAAAGUGGAGCCCACGUAUGACAGGAUGUUCACUGUAACCAGCUGGGUAAGGCUCACUGUUACGAAGGAGGACGACGGCAUUCCUGUCGUCUGCAUCGUCGACCACCCAGCAGUCAAGGACUUUCAAGCUCAGAAAUACCUGGAGGUGCAGUAUAAACCAGAGGUGAAGAUUGUCGUGGGGUUUCCUCAAGGACUAACCAGAGAAGGAGAAAACCUGGAGCUGACGUGCAAAACCAAAGGCAAACCAGAGCCUCAGCAGGUGAACUGGGUGAAGGUGGACGACGACGUUCCCUCGCAUGCCGUCAUCACCGGCUCGGAUCUCUUUAUCGAGAACCUUAACAAGUCCUACAAUGGUACUUACCGAUGCGUGGCCUCGAACGCAGUGGGAGAAUCCUAUGACGAUUACAUCCUCUACGUGUACGAUGCCCCCACCACCACCCCUAUACCCACUACAGCCACCACCACCAUGUACACCACCACCUCUCUCCCAGGUAUCACCCAAGACGCUGCGCCCAGCACUGAACCCGCUGCUCACGUAGACUCCAGAGCAGGAGCAGGAGCUCAAAGAGCGGUGGACCAUGCCGUCAUUGGAGGGGUGGUGGCCGUCGUGGUCUUCGCCAUGCUUUGUCUUCUUAUCAUUUUGGGCCGAUACUUCGCAAGACACAAAGGUACCUACUUCACACAUGAAGCGAAAGGGGCAGACGACGCGGCCGACGCAGACACGGCCAUCAUCAACGCCGAAGGUGGACACAACAACUCGGAUGAAAAGAAGGAAUACUAUAUCUGAUUGUACAAAUCUCUGGUGGUGUUAUUAAUAUUAUUAUUAUUGUUUUUUUUUUUGGUUUUUUUUGGACGGUUGGGAUGGGAGGGGCAUGGAGGGGUUAAGAAUGGGGACUGUUUUGUUGGUUAUUUUUUUUGUUCUUCUUCUUCCUGGGGAUUGAAUGAUGUAGACUACAUGGACACCUGAAUGAUUUAGCCAUUGUCUUUGUGGAGUCGGAGCUGGUGGGGAUAAAGGGUUGGUGGUCAGUGGGUGGAGGGGAUGGGAUGGGAAAGGGGAAGGGCUGUGGUUACCAGAUGUUACCAUGUAUCACUAUAGAAAGCUUCACCAUUGAACACCUCCCAAACUGCUGGUACUAUUCUAUUUUUCUUUUUUCUUUCUCUUCUUCAGUUCUGACCAUUUGCAGAAACUUCUGUGCCUUGUUCUGAAUUUCUUUUCUCUGUCAAGCUUUUGGUUUUGAACUCCCGACUCGGCAUGCUUCCCCGAGCAUAAGCGAAACCCUCGUUCCUUUAUCCGUGUUCCUUUUACCAGUGUCGCAGUCUGCUUUCCUAUGAGGGUAAAUAUACACAGCGCCUCAAGACACCCCUGCACUGUGUAGGCAUCAAGUUCUUCUACUGCAAACCAAAAUCCCAUCAUAUCCGAUCCUCUAUACUGUGAGAAGGCCAGGUUCUAUGGCAUCAUUUUCCACAUCCUUUUAGUAAUUCCAGAACAUGUGUAUUACAUUUUCAAUAUCCAAGAAUUCAAAAUGAGGAAAAGUAAAAGUAUGACGCGUUAAAGACCAUUCCAUCCCGCUCAGUUCUACGUUAGUGCUAUAGGAGGGCACUGCACCUCCUUCUAUCUUGGCAGGCCUCUCUGCAUUGCUAUGAAACAUUGCUUUAUUUUCCUUUUUUAAAUAUUGCCUCGGUGUCAUCUGUUUGUUUUUCACAUCACAUGUGCCAGUACGACGUGCAGGCGAAUUAUUUUCAUCUUGACAUGGUGCACUUACAGAGGCACGCUGUUUGGUUGCACUCAGCUAGAUGGUGUUGAAAGCCUUUUUUGUGGAUAUUUAUUGCUUUGGUAAAAUAUCGUCUUUUUUUUUUAGUUACUGUCAUUCGGAAAUGUUGCAAAAAAAAAAUCCAUAAUGGCAAAAUUAUUGCCAUGGCAUAAAAAAGGUCAAAUGCUUUUUUUUGUUGUUGUUGUUAAAAAUAGAUGCUCUAGCUUUCUUGAGCUGGUGGUGAUGGUCCUGUAGCACAUGCUUAUCUGACUACCUAAAAUAUUGUCAACGCAAACUGUGGGUCUGUUAGUACAGUAGGUUUUAGAUUUUGGUUUCAGUAUAUAUGACUUGACAAGUGUAGGAUGCAACCAAGAUGUUUCUUUUGGACUGUGGGAUGUUCUAUAAUAUAAUUAUACUACCUAAAGACAAAUCCUCAACACUUCCUCAUGUAGAUGUUGUAGUUAUGUGCUAAUGAUGACAAGCCCCAGUCGUGAUAUGGUACAUAUCGAUCCGCUACAUUUCGACUUCACCGAUUAUCUCGAGCUUUAUUAGUGGCGCAGCUAAUCUAAAUGCUGACUCUAAUGUUUUAAGACAAACUGAAAAAAGAGAGCCAAUGUUUAGUCAAAGGUAACUGAUUAUAUUAUGAAAUAAACAGGACAACAAUCAGAAUUCAGUCCCAGUGCUCCAUCUCUGCGUCAUCAGCCUACCUGAUUGGCUCUGUUGGAUUAGGAAUAGAAUUGAAUUCUCCAGGAAAUGGUUUGUGAUUAGUGUUUAAUCAAUUUAAAAAGGUACAUAAAUGCCUUCCCAUGUUCCUGACGCAAGGUUAUAGAGAUAUAGAGAUUUCUAUAAUGGACUUUUUUUUAGCUUUGGUCACAAGUUUGUUCUUUUUUUUAUUCAUCUCCAGAAGUCCAAUUUUGCAUAAAGAUCAUACAGUUUUACUGAUUCAGCAUUUAUCAGAGUGAAUCAGAAUAGAUUUUUUUGAACUCGGUGUAAUAGUCGGAUUUGUUAAUUCAUAAAUCGGCUUUUUGGAGCACGUCCUUUCUUUUUGUUUUUUCUAUCAAAUUCAAUAAGCGACUAAAGUCAAAGCUUUAUAAAUUGGCCCUGGCCCUCAGCUUCACUUCACCAGCAUGACGACGAACACGGUCACGAUCGUUUGUAUGCUGCCAACGUACUGAUCAAAAGGUGAACCGGUCAGACGGGAAGUUGGACAUGACAAAUCCAUACUAAACAACAAACAAACAGAUUUAUGUACUGUAUUUAAUCUUAUGUGCAGCUCCACCAACUCUGCAAACUGAAUCGAUGUAGGAAUUCCCAGAUGGUUUUCAGUGGGACCGAUCAGCCCCGAGAUGUGUAUAUAUAUGCUCAUCAUUAAUGUAACCCGCACUCGUCUUUCACCUUCUGUAUAUUACACUUUAUCGCUGAAGCUAACAGAAAUCCAACACGUCGAACACACUGGUGUUUCUGCUGUCGCUCUGACAUCUGGUUUAAAAAAGGAAAAAAAAAAACCUGAAGAAAGCAGGGCCUUCUUCCGAACGCAUCCUGUACCCUCUGGAUGAAGAAAAAAAAAAAGCUUCAUUUCACGUACGUGAAAAUAUAUAAAUAUAUAUAUAUAUAUAUAAAAGCAUCUGUAGCUCAGCCGACAAAAGUGUAUGUGAAUGUCGUUUUCCAGAACUCCGACUCUUCCUCUCAUGUCAAGUGCAAACCGAUCAGUGUAAAGCUGAGGGUACUUUUUAUGAAGUUAUGGUUUUUGCUCGUCACAUUGUGCUGUUGAGUAGACACCAUGCCCUGCUGACCUCUUGUGUGUAAAUAGGACAAAUGAGGUUAAGGAGAAAUCACUGUCACGCUUUGCUUUAUUUUGUUAUUUAAAAUUUUUAAAAAAUACACCUUCGCUAAACUUUCAGUAUGUAUUUGACCAUUAGAAAGCUUCUUUAUUCUUCAUAUUUUAUAGCACAGUACAGAAAGAAUGUCUUACAGUUCCGAGGUGUAAGUAGAGAUGUGCGAUUGUGUGACUUUUCCAUAGUGGACUUUGUUUAGCUUUGGUCAAAAGUCUGGUGGCUUCAAUUCACGCAAGAUCUCAGAGUCCAUCCUUCGACAUUCGCAUCCGUGGAAAAAAAAAUAAAAAUACAGUUUUACUGAUUCAGUGGUCGUUUAGACUGGGCCGGUGUACAUUUUGUUAAACUUGAUAUGUUAGACCUAUUUUAAAUGUGUCGGUUGUGGUCUUUUGAGGACUUGAACGUCCAAAAUAGGACUCUAUGGAAAUGCAGCUUUGUGCAAAAAUUGUUGUUUUUAAACACCUCCAUUUUUGUCUGUUAUUUGUACAGUGGAAAAAAAGGUCCAAAAAUCGCAAACUGCCUGUGGUGAAGUGUGAAUUUGGGAAUUUGGAUUUUCGCGCAUUUUGUCUUCUUUUAUACAGCUACAAGCGUCGUUUUCACGAAUUUUGGCGGCCCCUUGUUAAAUAGUGCAACAGUGUUAAUGUAUUUAGAAUUGAAAUUCAUUUCUUAUUUGAUUUAAAUUUUUUUUGUUGUUUCUGCCCUGCCUCAGGUUCACCCACAACAAACAAACAAACACUAAUGUUUGCAUCUCAGGUAGAUUGCAACGUCGAGCCCCUCUCAUUAACGAAGUCGCUAAGAAUCAAUCGGAAGAAUCAGGAGGCGAGAGAAAAGAAAACGGUUAAAUUUUGCAUUACGGUUGUACAUUUUUCUCUAGUUCUUUAAUAUUCGGUCACUGUACACAAAAUGUCGAGUAUUCAUUUUAAACCUAGUUCAUGAAGAAACAACUGCUGGAAGACGCAAAAAGACAGAAAGUCAAGCAUCAGAUACAAAACUCAGCAUAUUUAUCAGUCUGGCUCCAGAUGUUGGGUUGGAUCACUUGAAAGAUUUGGAUGUUUUUCACCCAUAGAUUUAGGUUGAAUUUUUUUGUCUCUCUGCUGUACUUGGGCAAUGUUACUGUGUAUUAAUGAAAACAAAAAAUAUCCACAUUCCCAUGCACAUUUUGUAUUGGUUCAUUUUAGACAUUUUUACAAAAAUGGAGAGUUCUUGUCUUAAUAAAAAGAAAAGAUAUUAAUGUUCAAAGUAA